AAAUUCCAUGCCCAGAAUAGUCAUAAGAGCAUUCUCGGUCUCUCAAAAGGGCAGCCUCUCUCCAAGAUCUGCUCCUCUCUUCUUCCCAAAUCUCACUCCUCUCGCUCUCUUUUGAUCCUCGUCACACAGAGAAAAUGGGUUUAUCCUUCACCAAGCUUUUCAGUCGGCUGUUUGCCAAGAAAGAAAUGAGGAUUCUUAUGGUAGGUCUUGAUGCUGCUGGUAAGACUACUAUAUUGUACAAACUCAAGCUGGGAGAAAUAGUGACAACCAUUCCUACAAUCGGAUUCAAUGUGGAGACUGUGGAAUACAAGAACAUUAGUUUCACUGUUUGGGAUGUUGGUGGUCAAGACAAGAUCCGACCAUUGUGGAGGCAUUACUUCCAGAACACGCAAGGGCUGAUUUUCGUGGUUGAUAGUAAUGAUCGUGAUCGUGUUGUUGAGGCUAGGGAUGAGCUGCAUAGGAUGUUAAAUGAGGAUGAAUUGAGGGAUGCGGUGCUUCUUGUUUUUGCAAACAAACAAGAUCUUCCAAAUGCUAUGAACGCUGCUGAGAUAACUGACAAGCUUGGACUUCAUUCUCUUCGUCAACGUCACUGGUAUAUCCAGAGCACAUGUGCCACGUCUGGGGAAGGGCUCUACGAGGGGCUGGACUGGCUCUCCAACAACAUUGCUAACAAGGCUUGAAAAGCGAUGCUCCAACAACUUUGAUAUGUUGAUCCUAGUUGAAGGAGAUUGUGCAUUUCAUUUUGCAGCCUUCGUUCAAAGCAGUGUCUUACCGUUGCUGCUUUUAUUAAUUGAUAGUUAUCAUCUGUUAUGUAGAUUAAAGAUUCAAUUCUGUAAUUUCAGCAUUUAUACUGUGUUCAUACAUAUGCUUCGGCUGCUUAAUUUCGACAAUGAUAGUACAUCCCUCUCUGGGAUGACAAUGCAUUCUGCAUGAUGUGUGAAUAACCCGUGACAACCGCAGCUUGUGACUGCUAGUCAAGAAAGUUAUGCCACUUAUUUGUUCUA